AUGGCGCCGAAGGACCACGACCUCGUCGACACGGGCAUCACUUUUGCCUCGGGCGCGGCCUACGGCAUGACGACCGUCGCCGUCGGCCAGCCCUUCGACACCAUAAAAACCGUCGUGCAGAGCAGCGGUGAGGGCACGGUCGCGGCGACGCGGAAAGUCAUCGCCGAGAGCGGUAUUAUUAAAGGACUGUGGCGCGGGUCGCUGCCGUUGGUGUUAGGGGGCACGUUCAUGCGAAGCGCGCAGUUCGGCUGCAACGACCUGGCGAGAGACGCGCUGCGGGACUCGUCGAUCCCGUCAUUCAAAAUCGGCGGCGUCGUCGAGAGCCACAUCGUCUUAGCAGGCAUGUGCGGCGGGUUAGGAAGAGCCGUCGUCGAGGGGCCGACGGAGUUCUUCAAGAUCCGGCAGCAGAUCGUCGCGCAGUGGUCCUACCGCGAGGCUCUCUCAGGUUUGGGUGUCACGAUGGGCCGCAACACCGGGCUGUUCUCGGCGUUCGUCGUGUACAUGGAUUUGCUGCGGCCCUACCUCGGAGACUCGCCGUUUGUGUACGGGGCGACGUGCUCGAACCUGGCGUGGCUGACGGUCUGGCCCUGUGUGGAAAUCAAUCAAUGCGUCGGGUGCACCCGACAAUUCUUCACUAAGUCAUUUCGCGGCGAUGACGCGGCCGUGCUGGCUCCGUCGAGCGGUGAGGAACCGGCAUCGCCACGCCGUCAAGCAGGCGGCGCGUCGAUGGCGUGGAGGUCGACGCGACGAUUCAGCACGAACGCGCCGUAAAAUUUUGAUUUCCACACAGGUCUGGCCCUUCGACGUCGUAAAAACGCAGCGCCAGUCCGGGCGCCACCCGGGCGUGUCGGCGCCGGCGCUCCUGGCGAACGCCUUCCGCGAGGGCGCCCUCUUCCGGGGCCUGCUGCCCGGGCUCGUCCGCAGUUCGAUCGCGAACGGGACGUCUAUGGUCGUCUACAAGAAGGUCCACGCGGAGCUCUCGCGCUUAGCCGGCCGCGACGACCACAGCAACAUCUAGUAUGUGUGAUAAGAUAUGUGAACAUAUGUCGAAAUUACACAGGGGGUGGUCGGUGAUGGGUACAAACAGCAU